AGAACGGGGUUCUUCGCGUGAAUGUGUUUCAUCAACUCGUCAAAGAGCAGCAGAAUUUGUUUAAUUCACGUGUAUACCUAUUUGGAUGUUACUUUAGCAGAAACGUAAAAUAUGACUGUGACCAUUGUAGCAAAACAUGAAAUAUUAGCAACGGACGACAAUGGCAAUGACACUUGCUGUACAACAGAGGCAUGUGUCAUACAUGAUCACACGCAGUCACUAUUGGAAGAUUUGACUCCAGAUACUUCCAGCGUUUCGGAAUCUUCCGAAGAAGAAGUUUACGAAGAUGAAUUGCUUUAUGAAAAAUUGAGACAGUUAUUGUUCUUUGAAGAAGCUCCUGAAUAUAUGAAACACAACGCAUAUAUUUUGUCGGGUUAUAGAGGAAUUUUGAAUACUCAGUUAUGUGUAGAAAGCCUGUUUUGGUGGACAAACGAGACAAUCAACAUAUGGUCGCAUAUUUUUGGAUUUGUUCUUUUUGUAACUUUAACGAUAUAUGACGUCGUAAUGGUAAAAAAAGUUCAAGCCCCAUUUGGCGACAAAUUAAUUGUAGGAUCAGUAUUACUAUGUUUUCAGGUGUGCAUGGCUCUCUCUUCCUUGUAUCACACUUUUUCCUGCAGAUCUGAACAAGACUGUCAUAAAUUUUUAUCAUACGACUUAUUUGGAAUAGCACUCUCUCUCUUAGCUAUUUAUACUUCAGGAAUAUAUUAUGCGUUCUGGUGCGAUGAGCAAUUACAGAAUUUCUAUUUGACAACAAUUACAAUUAUUUUUGUAAUUGCAAUGAUUCUGCAAGUACCCAAAUUGAAUAUUCAUUGCAACAUUAAAAUGCUGGUGUUUGUUGCUUGGGCAUGCUAUGGGGUCAUUCCGACAAUACACUGGACUAUUGCCAUGGGAGGGUUCGAAAAUCCUGUUGUUGCUCUGCUCUUUCCAAGGGUAUUGGGAAUGUACGCUAUUAGCGGCACUGCAUUUUUGAUAUACGCCACGAAAGUUCCAGAAAGAUUUUCAGCUGGAAAGUUCGACUUCAUUGGACACUCACAUCAGUGGUGGCACUUUUUUGUUGUUGUAGCUCUAUAUUACUGGCACAACACGGGCCUGCUUUACAUCGACUACCGGAUGAAUCAUGGUUGUCCGAAUACGAUGAGGUUCCCGUAGACACUUUAAGAAAAUUACCUACUCUAAGUGGUAAUGGGUUUAAAUUUGUUUUGUACCUCUAAAGACUAGUUAGGAAUAGGGACAAGUCCGAAGGUUUGAAGGUAUUUUAUUUUUAUGUUUUUUAAUUAUUUUUUUUAAUAUAAAAUAUUUUUGUUUUUCGAGACGUCAGAUGUCAAAAAAAUUGUAAUUAUUCAAUCAAAUUAAUUGAGUUAACUACUUUUAUAAUGUUCAGGAUAAUAAUAAUAUGUAAGAUUAUUGUAAUCGUUAAAAUGUUAUCAAGGAAGAAACAUGCAGGAUAUUUUACGAUGAUAUACUGUCUAUAAUCAGAAAGUGUGACCCAAAAAGGCCACUAAAAAAAGAUAUAUGUAUAGAUCCUGUGGAAAUUAUUUUGUGUAUGUAUACCCAUUGGGGGUCAAUAGACACUUGAAGUCAAAAUUCCAGAAUCGUAUUGAGAUUAUUCGUAUUAUUUUGUGGCACCUUUAAAAAGUUCAUGCUGUAUAUUUUUUCUGCUAUUUCGUGUAGUAUACUAAUUAUUGUAAGUCAGUGAGAAAAACCAUGUAAUUAAUUUUUUUGUUACAGUUUGUUUACCUUUUGAAUAAUAAAAAUCAGCAAACACAAUUUUGAAAUCAGCUAUGUUGUUUUAGUAAGAAAAACAGAUAAGCGCAUAUAUUUUCAUAUUUCACAAGUAUCACAACAUCCUACUUUUACAGUUCCUAAUGGGAAUAUCUUUAUUCCUUGUCACAUCUAAACAGUUUAAAGUAACACGCUUUCUUCUUACAACGCGAAUAAUACAAUAAUAAUUAUACUACAGAUUUGCUGAUCUUUCAGAUAAAGAAAUAACAUUAUGGGAAACCUAAUAAUUUAAUCUAAUUCAGAAACUAAAAAUAAAGAAAUAAAAAAUAUACAUGGAGGACUUUUCCGAUGUGAUAAGUGGUUAGAUGUUUUCCCAUUAGCAUCUAGAACUUUUUGGUUCUUUGUGUGACAAAUUACAAAAUAUUUAUUUAAAAAAUGUGUCGUGGGAAAUGCGAGCAAAAAAUCAAAUACAUAGUUUUUAUCAGUAUACGUGUGUCUAUUUUCAGUGUAUUAAAUAGUAAAAAAGUAUAUGGAGAACAUAUCCCAUGUAAAACAAAACAACAACAAAAAAAAAUAGGAAAAUCCCCAAUACAGUUCUGAAAUGUACUCUGUUGGUCAUCAGCGAUAUAUGGUGUAUGCUAAAAAUAAAUUAAUUCUUACAAGUAGGUACCUAUAUCUCACAAUGAUCUAUAGCCAAAGUAAGUUUUAGUCAACGUUCAAAAAUCGCCCAGUAUAGACACAGUAGCAUUGUCGAACCAUUCUACCUGACAGUCUUAAUGGAACUAUGAAAUAAUAUCUCUCGCAUAGUUUUAGUGUGCGUUUUAUCAAAAAAAAAUAAAAAAUAGUUAAUUGUUGUUAUAAUGUUUAGGAGUUUAGUUUUAUUAUAUUUAAGAUAACUGUGAUACAGUAUUACCUAUUAUUAUUAUAU